GCGCCACAAAUAGCUCCAGCACGGGGAACAUUAAAUAACGGAACUCGAUCAGUAAUUGCUCAAUCCAUGCCCCCAAGCCUCAAGCUUCAAGCAGGUAGCGGCAUGCCUGAUCGGUUGAUGAGAGAGAGAUUGAAAGAGUGAGUGAGUGAGUUCACACACUUAGCGCGUUGGCGCACGAGUGCCUUACGUGCUCGCAAACUCACGCGCUUGCGUAAUUCGACCGUUAAGUGAUACCGCCGCUGGGUUCCUCUCGUUUCGGUGUGUGUGCUCACUGGGCACGGUUUACCGGAUUGUAGUCGUGCAAUGAAGCUCGCUUGAGUUUUUUGAGAUAUCGUUAUCAAAUUCAUGUGCCAAUGCCGCUUUCUUUAAAUGAAACGGAUUGACUGGACCUAUUGCUGCGACAACAAAGACUGAUGCUAACACGACCGGAAUUUCUAAUAAGCACCAGUGUGAGAGCGCCCAGUAGAUCAGAGAUGUUAAGCGACGUGGCCGUGAUGUUCGCUCCUAGAACUGAGACAAUGGCUUUGAAGACCAAGAUGGAGCCGUGGUCCCAUUACGACGACCACUCUUAUUUGAGUGAGUUGGGGUCUCCUUUAGCCAUCUCCACGUCCUUUUGGGAUCAGCUGUUGCACGCCAAAGGCGACUAUAAUACCUUAUUUACCAUGACGACUCCAGCUGUGGACAGAAGCUUUCAGCCUUCGACUCCUACGUUUAAUUUAUACACUCAUGACAUGAGCCAAGGUAGUGACAGCACUGUGUCAUCUUCUUAUAGUGAUCAACAAGGAGAUCGCUGCAAGAGACGGCGUAUGCUGCAGUUCAACGGGGUGAACACAUGUGGUUUUGGGCAAGACUCGCCUCCUCCUUACGAGAGUGUCACCGGCUCGCCCACAACUACCUACUCUUCCUACUCCUCCUCUUACUCAUAUUCUCCAUCCUCCUACGAGAGCUCACCUCUUUCUUCAGUAAAGAGUGGCGAUGACUACUUGCUGCAACACUACGAAUCACCUGGCUUGCCACCGUCGUCGUGGUUUUCUGGAUCCGACGGUAUCAGCUCUUGCAUGGUUCCAAAUCAGCCGCAACAACCUCUUGACAAUUGGUCUUUGUUAAAUUCGUUCGAGAAGAACCAGUCAUACGGCUCUCCAUUGCAAACUAAAGCAACUGCGCUCCCGGUGAACACUUAUAUAUCAAAUCCUCUUGGAGAGCUUUGUGCUCCACAAACUUGGAAACGGCCACUGCCGCCCACGCCUCAGCCUAACUUCUCGCAACAACACACUCAGCCACAAAUGCAUUAUCAGCAGACUUUACAGCAAGUCGUCCAACCCAAACAAGAAGCUGUAGUUUCGCAAUGCACAUUUUCGCCUUUCUCAAAGCCUCCCACUCCAGGUCGGAAGUCGUGUUCAGGCCCUAGCAGAUUUAAGACGAAGUCACCUAAACCUGUGGCGUUGCCGUUUACUAUGCUGAAACCCUCUGCUGCUCACGGGGACGUUACAUUAAACGACAUCAAUAGGAUAUUGCUGAGCUCCCCAGCAGCAUCAACAGACCGACUCUCGCCUAGUGAGGAGAGACGACCUUGUACUCCACCAGGUGCUGGUCUCUCAGGAAAAUUUGUUGUUGCAUGUACCAAGAUACACACCGAAGGCGCUGGCACCAUCACGAUCAUGAGAACCAAGGGGUAAAUCGGUGUUACACACUGUUCUCUUUUAACGAUUCUCGAUCCUCUGAUCAUUCCAUGGAGAAACUAAGGUCCUAGGACCUCCAAUGAUGCAUGACACCCAUCUUGUUACGCCGACCCAGUUCCUCUCACACACGCCGUGAACAUCUUCGAGAAAGUAUAUUUUACAAUUCAUGCGUGACGAUUGAGUGUACAAGUAAAAUCCUGUUUCAACCUCUGUCAAGCUUUUGAUCGACAGCCUCUUCGUGCUUCGAAGAAGACACGCCCCAGGCUCUUUCAUCGACAAGACUGUAAACUAGCUGAACCUCCCUCCUGUAAUCCCUUAGUAGCCGUUCUUAGUUAGUAUCUCUACGCAUCUAGUUUUUGUAAAUUAGCAUUUGGAUGCACAGACUGCAACAAGCAUUAAAGACGGUCCUCCAUUUAUUUGUUCCAAUUCAAUUGCACCGAUUCGUGUGCACCGAUUUCCUCUAUACUUGCAGAGAGUUCUCUCAGUAGAGAGCACCUGGGUUUCUGGUGGAAAUUGUUCCGAUACAGUGGCCAUGUUUUGAACAUUGUGUUGCCAAUUGCCAGUAUAGAUGCAGAUCGAGACUGUAGAUCUCAGCUGCUCAAUGCUUUGGACCUUUUGCACUGGGUUCACGCAAACCCGGCUGAAGAAUCUUACAACAUCCUUCACUAUGAUGGUGUGUGGAUCUUGCUACAGAAAGUAUAUCAUCAUCUACUUCAGGAUUCUUUUGACCUUGCAAGGCAAAUUUGUGUGAGAAGUACUAUGGCUGGGAUUGCAACAACGACGGGUUCAUCUGCUUCCACAGAUGUUGAAGCUCGGAAUGCUUAUCCUGCUAUUGCUUGAUUUCUUCAAGCCAAUCACAUUCUUGCUUAUUUUGUUGCAUACUUCGGUACUGUUAGUGGAUAAGCUUUCAUGUGUAAUAAAGUGUUAUAAUAAUGAAAUAUUUUUUGGGCCA